AUGACCGCUGAUGGAAUUCCACUUUGUACGGGUUUAUAUGUUGUGCCGAAAACGACGGAAACAAAAGAAGUAAGAACGACGAUGACAACUACAACGACAACAACAUACAGCGUUAUUGAAAUUGACGACAGUGAGGAGGAGUUGAAGGUAGAAACGGAAGAGAAAACAGAGCCGGAAAGUACACAAAUAACAUUGGAUUUCCCGCUAGACUACGAAGUUCUCGAUUUCGAAGAUUUGAUGGCAGAAUCGUCCGCAGAAGAAAAAGAGCGCCUUUAUGUGGUGGUAGGAAAGAAGGAUUCACCAACCCGAACAGCUGAUGCGGCAGACUACGUAGUGAAGAUGAUCGAUAUCGAUCUAGCAUCCAGCGAAAGCAAAGAUUCACCAAGUAUAGAAGCAAUAUCAGAUGCAGAAAUUGAAGGACUGAGUGAAACAGAAGGAUACACUGGCAGGCAUGACUACGAUGCUUGCGAAGGAACUAUUGCAUCCACUAGCCGAAUUAGUGAGAAAGAUCAAAAAGCAAUGGAUCGGUAUGUGACAGUAUAUAAGAAUGGAGCGUCAUCAAGGAAGCCCGAUCCUGAGGAGGAAAGGAUAAGUAAAGAGAUUUCGACCGUAGUUGCGAAGCUUUCAGGAGCAUAUAAAAGAGCAUCUGUUGAAGGAGAGCACACAGUAUACACGGAUGAAAGAACGGAGACAGAGCAUGAUGCAUCCUGGCAAAUGAAAGAGUCCCCACGGAGAUUGAAGUCAACUUACACAGUUCGAUUCUCUGAUCCAUUUCGCAUAGAAGCAGAUGAUUCUUCAUGGACCCGAAAACAAAAGCAUUCAGAAACAACAUUCCAGAAAGCAAAAAACCACCAAGGGCAAAUAAGUGAUGAGGAGAAAAGAGGAAAAGAGGAACAAACCCAAACAAAGAGAAAGGAUAUAACCGAAGAACCAAGACAAAAAAAACCAUUUGCUCCUAAAAUAAUCACCGGAUUGUUCAAAAAGGGAGAUGUAUAUCCUGAUUACCCUGUAACAGAAGCUUAUGAAGGCCCCAUUGAUACAACUUAUCGAACAUCAGAUGUGGAAGCAGAACCGAUUGAACAACUAGUUACUGUUUAUCACAGCGGAAGAUCGGAUAAAUAUGUACCAGUUGAAGAAUGGAAGCCAAGUGUGGAUAUGGGUGAAGCAUUUACAGAUGCUGCUCAAGCACUUGGAGCAAAAAUUACCGGCCUUUUCAAAAGAGGUCCUGCUCAUCUGGAUUAUCCAACAUCUGGCCCGUAUGAUGGACCACUUUCUUCAACAAGUUUAACAUCAGAUGUGGACGGAGAACCAUUGCAACAGCAUGUUGACGUUUAUCACAGCGGGCGUUCUGACGAACCAGUGACAAAAAUUGUUGAAAUACCUACCGAAAUACCGGUUGAUGAG